UGCAGGGCUGAAGGAGGGAAAAAGUAAGAAUUUAAAGAGUGUGAGAAAGAGAAGGCUGGAGGAGGGGAAAAGAUCGGAGGUUCGUAUUGAAAAGUCGCUCGCUGCAACAGUUACUACAAGUAAUACAUGCUCUCACAUCCGGUUCUUAUUCGAGAAUCCGUCAGUCUUACUUCAACAUAGUAUUCCGGAAUACAGUCCAUUCAGCGCUUUCCAUUCUCCACGUUUUGUCUGUUUUUCCCACCAGUUCUUCUCCAUUCGGAUAACGUCAACUUCGGUUUUGCUUCGGAUCUUCGCCUUGCCUUUGUCGCUGUCUUCUUUUUACUUUUCUUCUUGUUCGCGACCAUGGCGAUUAACGAGAUCGUCACCGAUCCGUCUUUAUUGCCCGUGCUGCAGACCAGUGCCGAAACCCGGGAACAAUGUCAGAAGCUGCUGUCCUUGCUCAAUCCCACGGCGGAUGCCUCAUCGUCUGAGCCUCCAGAGAACCUGGCUCUCGCAGUAUCUAGACAACAAAAGCAGUUAUUUGCCGUACUGGCCCAGCUCCGGGGUCAGAAUCGCGACGCGAUCUUCGGGGUUCGGGAUACGAAACAAUUGACAGCAGAGGCGCGCCAGGAGAUUGAUCGGUUACAUCUUCAGCUGCAGAAUUUGUACUAUGAGCAGAGACAUCUGACAGGGGAGAUUGCGGCUUGCGAGUCUUACGAUCACAAAUACCUCUCGCUGCCCUUGAUCCCCGUCGAAGAGUUUCUGGCCCUACACCCCGAACACGAAGAAUCCAACGAACAUGAACUUAUGAUCGCGCGUAUCAACCACGAACAUGCUGAACGGGAGAAGCUUGAACAAGCUCGACAGGAGCUGUUGAAGCGCAAACAGGCUCUGAUCGCAGAGAACAAGAAGCGCAAAGACGACCUGGCCAGUUUGGACCAGGAUCUGGAGCGGUUUAUCGAUGCCGCGAAACCAAUCCAGAAACUCUUUGAGAAGGAGUAUUAGGCCCAUAAUGAUGGUUCGUACACUGUUAAGAUACCCGAUUAAACCUUACAAUUAGCAUGGCAUAGGCGUUGGAUGAUUUCCCCGGGAUAGACCUUGAAAUUAAACUAUAAUACGUUCACACCAAUUGCAGAUUUAUUUAAUAUAUGCUCCG